AUGAAACGCGCAACUGAAGAAACUUCUGAUAUUCAUGACUUCUCUAAAAUCGCGAAAACCAAUCAAUCGGAGCAAACUUUCCUAUUGAGGCCGAAAUUGGACGAAUGUUGGCCGGCUUUGUCCACAAUGGAUCACAAAUUGUUGUUCGUUGAUUCUGGUUCCUGGGAAAACUUCAAAGAGACGCUGAAAAUCUUUCUCCAAAACGGGAUCCCAAGUCAAAGAGUGGACACUGUUGUUGGGCUGAUUGGAGAAAAGCCAAGAGAUUUCGGCGAGGCUCCAAAUUUGAAACAAAUCAAGAAAUUGUUCAUGAAAACUCCCGGAGUCUCUUUAUUGGAAAACGCCUAUGAAUCGGAUAAAGUACAAAGGAUUUUGAUGGAAUCUUUUCAUUUUGAUGAUCUCUCUAUUGAGCAUUUCUCGGCAAUUCCACUGAAAAAUUGUGUAUGCGAUUUGCCAAUUAACGCUCCACCAUUUCUUCCUGUGCCGAUUGGACCAACAGGACAAUGCACCCCGGUGCCAGCGUUUUAUGCUUGUCAAAUUGGGAGCCCGGCUGAUGGGCUACAAUAUAUGCUUUUUGACAUGAAUGGCAAUCAAUUGUUUGACUCUGGUUAUUAUUGCUCAAAAGAUGCCGCUAUGAAUUUUGAUCCGACUUGCGUCUGUCAAACGGUUCCCGCGGCUCCCGGGAAUCUGAAUUUUCCCUUUUGUUCGGGUAGCUACGCUCCAUAUGCAAUGUGCACAAAUUUCUUUGAUGAUCCUACAAAUUGUCUU